AUGCAGAUCCUGGUUGUGUUAGCAGCCUUCAUGGGGGUUCUGCUCAGUGUCAGGGCAGCCGCCGUGCUUCCUGUGGAAGACAGGAGCCCCAUUCAGGGACUGAACAGGGGACAAGACCUAAGCAAACACAGCAAAGAGCUGAUAAUGAAACUGGUGUCCAGCUUGCUAGAAGCAGCAUUGGACACCAACAUUAUCCCAGAGGAGACAUCACCUGAGGAACUGGCAGAGCCGCUGCAGUCGCACCUGGAGGAGAGGGCUGUCUACAACAGACUAUCACUACCCCAGCGCGAUCGCAAGGCUCCUUGUAAAAACUUCUUCUGGAAAACGUUCACAUCAUGCUAA